AUGGUGCUUCAUAACGAGGUGCGGAUUCUGGAUUCAUCGCUCGAACAGAAUCCGUUGGCCAUGCUGACUGCGCAGUGCAACCGUUUGGUCAGUAGAUCGCCUUCGUCCGUGUUCGAACCGACUUCGAAGAGUUUCCAGCCAUGGCGAAAGGCCCUUGAUUUCACGACGUCCGCCACACGGCCUAACAUUUCGCCAGCGUCGUCGUCGUCCAGCGCCGUCAAUGUGUCAGACCUGAUCGCCAACGCGUACCACAGUGCCGUUGGAACGGCUGGACUGCAGCCCGGCUCAGCACUGGCACCCGUUUACAAUGCGUACCCGAGCAACUGGUUCCACUCGGCCCAUCCGGUGUCCAGCGUCAGCGUGCCGAACAACUGGUUGGACAUCCAUUCGAACGCUGCCUGGCUCGACUCAUCGGUGGGCAUCCGGGCCGGAGCUCAGCACCCUGCUUCGGUUGAAUACAGUAACCCUGUCGCCCUCAGCACGGCGCUUGGCCAACCGGCGGCGUUCCAGUUUCUGCAAGGCUCGCAGAUGAUCAGCGGUGUGAGAGGCCUUUCCGGCUUCAAAAGAUAUUCAACGGUGGGACGCUCGAACUGUGACUGUCCGAACUGUCAAGAAGCCGAUCGUCUUGGACCGUCUGGAAGCCAUCUGCGGAAACGUACCAUACACAGUUGUCACAUUCCGGGAUGUGGCAAGGUGUACAAUAAAACGUCUCAUUUGAAGGCUCAUUUGAGGUGGCAUACCGGCGAAAGACCUUUCGUUUGCAACUGGUUAUUCUGCGGUAAACGUUUCACGCGAAGCGACGAACUGCAGAGACACCUGAAAACGCAUACCGGCGAAAAACGCUUUGCGUGUCCGUCAUGCGGAAAGCGCUUCAUACGCAGCGACCACUUGCAGAAACACAUGAAGACGCACAGUGACGAGAAGACAAGCGAUGUUGACUCUGCAGAGGGGGACAAUUGCGAACACGUGCCGAAAAAAUUUGAAGCAUCGUCUGCUAGUGUUGAGAAGUUGGCAACGAUUAAUUCGACAGCAAAUGGCCAGACUUCGGCAGGCCACUAG